AUGGCGGUCUUUGAUAGCCUACCAAAGCGCCCCGUCGGCCGCCCUCGCCGCGAUGGCAAACCAGCCGGCUCCGUUCCCAAGGCCUCGAGCGGCAGGCCGCGCGGUCGACCUCGCAAUGACGGCCUUCCAGCCGGGUCAGUGAAGCGUCCUCAGGGCCCGACAGCAACCCCGAUGGCACCUACUAUGGUACCUCAUUUGGGGACCCCGGUGGCCCCUUCCAUGGCUCCUUCGAUUGCUCUUUCGAUGGCUCUUUCGCUGGCUCCUCCUAUUACACCCCCAAUUACUCCUCCUUCAGCUCCUCCGUCUCAGCCUCCCGCCCCGGCCAGACCUAGCGGCCCAGUACCAGCCAGCCAGAUCCUCAUGAACCUCCACCUCUUCCAGCCCAUCAUCCCGGCGCCAGAGCCCACCAUCAGCCCCUUCCGACCGGGCUCGUCAGAAUACGAAUACAAGUGCAUCGAGCCUCCGCCGCAGACGAUCAACCCGGCCUAUCUGACGCUAUCCAACCACAAGCCCGGCGGCAUGUACCUCCACCGCCGCCGCUACAAUCCCCGCCCUGAUCCUAGCGACACACGCCCCGAGGCGGCUUGUCGACCAGAACUCACUCCGGAGCAGGAGCUCGUGAUUUUCCGCCGCGAGCGGGACGCCGAGAUGGAGAGGGUCGUGGCCCACGCGAGGGAGGUUGCCGACAGGGUCGUCGCCGAUAUGCCUGUCGACGAAGAAUGGGAUACUGCUCCUGAGUUUGCGCCUGGACGAUGGCCGGGCACUGUGUUUGGUCGCGUGUGA